AUGCUAGCAAGAAAAGAACAUGUUAGUGGAAUUGGUGUGGGUGGAACAUCAUCGGGAGCGGUUUCUAGAAGGCGAAGAUUAAGGAAUGAAAUUUCUGAUGAGCAGAAACAGGAGAUUAAAGAAGCAUUUGAGUUAUUUGAUACUGAAAAAACUGGGAGGAUAGACUACCAUGAAUUAAAAGUAGCAAUGAGGGCUUUAGGAUUUGAGGUAAAAAAAGCACAAGUUCUCGAGAUUAUGCGUGAAUACGACAAAUCAGGGAGCGGACAAGUUGAAUACAAGGAUUUUGUGGAGAUUAUGACACAGAAGAUAUUAGAGAGGGAUCCUCGAGAAGAAAUUCUUAAAGCUUUUAAGUUGUUUGACGAUGAUAAUACUGGAAAAAUUUCUCUUAAGAAUCUUCGCAGAGUGGCGAGAGAGCUUGGAGAAAGUAUUUCUGAUGACGAACUUCAGGCAAUGAUUGAGGAAUUCGAUAAAGAUAUGGAUGGUGAAAUUAAUGAAGAGGAGUUUAUUUCAAUAAUGAAGCAGACUAGCUUGUAUUAG